AUGGCCACUAACCCCGGUUGGGCAGGCAAAGAUGGUCACUUCAAGCGGCAGGUCAGUGCAUUCAGAGAUCACAUCGAGGAGAAUGGAGAGCAUCCGCCUGAAAAGGGGCGAUACCACCUCUAUGUCUGUUACGCUUGUCCCUGGGCACACCGAGCUCUGAUUAUCAGGCAGCUCAAGGGCCUUGAGGAUUAUAUCGACGUCUCCUAUGUCCACCCGCACAUGCUUGAGGGUGGAUGGCACUUUGUCAAACCUGACAAUGCCAAGAAGCAGGCCGCACCCGUCUCCGAACACUCGUUCGACACCUUCCCAGGCUCUACCGAGGAUCAUCUCUUUGGAUCCGAGUAUAUGUCAGAAAUCUACAAAAAAGCCGAUCCCAAUUACUCUCAACGUUUCACCGUCCCAGUCGUAUGGGACAAGAAAUCCAACACCCUGGUCAACAAUGAAUCGUCAGAGAUCAUCCGUGAUUUCAACUCGGCCUUCAACUCGACUCUACCUGAUGGUGAGAAGAAGGAACUGGACCUCUACCCCGAGGAUCUCCGUAAAGAGAUUGACGAGUUGAACACCUGGGUCUACGACGAUAUCAACAACGGAGUUUACAAGUCGGGUUUCGCUACCACUCAGGAGGCUUAUGAGAAGAACGUCGUUCAGCUAUUCAAGUCGCUCGACAGAGUCGAAAAGAUCUUGAGCGAUGGACGAGAUUACCUCAUCGGAGGCAAACUCACCGAGGCGGAUGUCAGGACCUACACUACUAUCGUCAGAUUUGAUCCUGUCUAUCACGGUCAUUUCAAGUGCAAUCUCGGCAGCAUUCGACACGACUACCCUCAUAUCAACCGAUGGCUGAAGAACCUGUACUGGAACAACCCAGCUUUCAAAGAUACCACCGAUUUUGACCAGAUCAAAGAGCACUACUACUACUCACACGGAAACAUCAACCCUACUCGAGUUGUGCCUCUUGGACCAAAAGAGGACAUUGAGCCGCUCUAA